AGAGGAGCUUAUUGUGCUGAGAACCCAAUUCUCCUUUCAGCAUGUCUGGCCGUGGCAAGGGCGGAAAGGGCCUGGGCAAAGGCGGCGCCAAGCGCCACCGCAAGGUGCUGCGCGACAACAUCCAGGGCAUCACCAAGCCCGCCAUCCGCCGCCUGGCCCGCCGUGGCGGCGUCAAGCGCAUCUCCGGGCUCAUCUACGAGGAGACCCGCGGCGUGCUCAAGGUGUUCCUGGAGAACGUGAUCCGCGACGCCGUCACCUACACGGAGCACGCCAAGCGCAAGACGGUCACGGCCAUGGACGUGGUCUACGCGCUCAAGCGCCAGGGCCGCACCCUCUACGGCUUCGGCGGCUGAGCCGUGGUAUUGUCCUUGCAGUCGCUUUCCUUUCUCUACAAAGGCCCUUUUCAGGGCCACCCAUCCUUUCACUCGAAAGGGUUGCAUUACAUUAUUAUUGUAGCACAUUCUGGUUAUGCCAGCGGAAGGGUUUUGUACCGUGGUUACAGUGUUUCCAACAACUAGGUGUUUUUGGGUACAGACUGUCGGGAAUAGUCUGCAAUCAUCAAGUAUUUUCGGAGGGAACCUUUAAGAAAUCUUGCACUACUACUAUGUAGGUCGCAAGAGCUUUUUGGGGGGAUCUUGUGUCACAUUGUAGGAAGUGUAUUGAGGCCCUGUUUCGUGCUACAGAUAAAUGAGAUUGUAUAAACUGGUAUAAUCUGGUUACUGUCGCCCCUUAGAACAGUAGCUCUUUUGUUGUUCUGGGGAUUGAACCUGAGGAUUUGUGACAAGCACUCUACCAACUCAGCUAUAUCCCCAGCCCCCAACAGUAUUUCUUAAUAUAUGAAUCAAAAACUGCCGAAAAGAAUGUGCUUAAGAAUAUAUGUAGGGACAUACACAUUUCAUGAGCUUUUAUCUUUUUAGGGUCCCAAGGGCGUCCCAGAGCACCAUGGAUUUCCUGACAACAACCUGCCUUCUAGGAUGUUAGGGCCUGAGAUCUGGAGACUCAAAAUUUAAGGAUAGACAGAUAAGGGGAGACAUAAUAUUGGAGAACACCUUGAAUAAGAGUGUUUAUUUUGUCAUCAUUUCUUCUCUGAGUAUGGAAGCUCUACAUAUUCUUGAGUAGUUAGAUCAACUCUUUAAUAGUGUUAUAUUUCAGAAUGCAUGAUUAUCCAUUCUGAAAGAAUUAAAUUCUCAGAGACCUGAGAGACUGAGUCUCACAAUAUUAUUUUUAGUCUUAUUAUGAAAGAAGACUUUAAAAUGCAUUUUAUCAUGAGGCCCAUUGAUUUUUCUUCUAUUUAUUAUUUUAAUAAAUGUAUUUAAUAAGACAUUAAUAUUUAGUAGUCUGUGAUUAAGCAUAAUCAUAUGUUUACAGGAAACAGUCUCAAUACCCUUUGAUGUUUGGGAAACAGUCCUGAAAAGUGCUCUUAAUGUGUCUUUGUUCAGGUUACUUGACCUCUCUGAGCCUUUUACCUAUGUAUGAAUAAGAAUACUAUUUGUCUUAUAGGCUUGAUACUGAAUAAAAUUAUUUGUGGAGCCUUUUGACCAGUGCAUGGGUCAUGAUAAACAUAA